CCGGUUUAUCCAGGACUGAAAGGAUCGCUACAGUCUUACCAAGGCAAUAAACAUACAGCCGCCGAUUUCACUGUAGCAUAGACAGCAGUCAGUUCGCACGCGAGAAUCAGUGAUGGAUUGCUCAUGUCUGAUGUUUUCGCUUCGUCCAUAUGCAAUCAGAUGAAAAAAUGUGUGUUUCCCAAGGAUUUUAGAUUAUAUAUGUGCAAGAAUAUGGGACUGUGCAAUGUGUAUGGCAAAGCAAACCCGUUAGUGCAUCCAUAUCUGAGGGCCAGGCUGCCCUGCUGAAAGUGAACGCGCACAUGAGCGCGCAGACCGACUGGCGCUUGUCUUGUCGCGACUCGCCCGACGCUCAGCUCUACGCCCUGCCUGCUCCGUAGCUUCUCGUCUCGGCUACACACACUGGGAAGGGAAGCUGCAGCGAUGGAGUCCCAGUGUGAGUACUACAUGUACUUCCCGGCAGUGCCUAUUUCUGACCUCUCGGACCCAGCCCGCUACCGCUCGCUGCCGCGCCGUAGCCACCUCUACCUGGGCGAAACGGUGCGCUUUCUGCUGGUGCUGCGCUGCCGUGACGGUGACGGCGAUGGAACUGGAGACGCACCCAGGGUCCGGAUUUGGAAGGAGCUGGCGGGCAACCUCUCGGCUGUGGCCAGCGUAAGCCCCGGGGACAGCAGGCAGCCCCCGCACUAUGACUAUCCCGGUGGAGGAGAUGAACCCGGUUUGCAGGGCGCCGACGAGCAAACGGAUGACGAAGAGGAAGCGGCGACGGCCUGCAGAACCAGGGGCUUCCGGGACUGCAAACCUCUAUUAAUUCACAACAGCAGCCGUCCGCUCCCACUUCAGUCUCCACUUGAUGAGCCAGUAGUAUUGAGUGAUGAAGUCAUCUUCCCCCUGACGGUCUCUCUUGACAAGCUGCCCGUAGGAACAGUAAAAGUCAAGAUUAUUGUGACAGUAUGGAAACGAGACAUGGAGAAAGCAGAAGUUCAAGAGCAUGGCUAUUUAACUAUCCUUCAGAACUGCAGUCCUUCUCUCACUUUUCGAGAAGACCUGAACACUUUCAAGGCACAAGUAAGCACAACCUUAACGGUGUUACCGCCUCCCACAGUGAAGUGCCAACAGAUGACCGUGUCUGGAAAAUACCUCACCAUCCUGAAAGUGUUGAACACAUCCUCCCAGGAGGAGAUCUCCAUUCGAGAUGUUAAAAUUCUGCCAAACUUCAAUGCCUGCUACCUUCCCAUGAUGCCAGAUGGCUCUGUGCUUCUUGUGGACAAUGUGUGCCAUCAGUCAGGUGAUGUGGCCAUGGCAUCCUUCUACAGAGUGGACAGCCUUUCUAGUGGUCUUCCUACCACACUCAGUGCCCUGGAGGAGCAUAACUUCCUUUUUAAACUUCAGGUUAAUGAACGGCCACAGGAGGACGUAAAAGAGGGUCUUGAAGUUCCUCUGGUUGCAGUGCUCCAGUGGUCUACACCAAAACUGCCCUUUACCAACUUCAUUUACACACAUUACAGGUUACCUAGUGUUCGCCUCGACCGCCCUCGCUUUGUGAUGAUGGCAUCCUGUGAGUCUCCAGUGGCAGUAAGGCAGAGAUUCCAAGUCCAGUAUACUUUGCUCAACAAUUUACAGGACUUCCUGGCAGUAAGGCUGGUGUGGACCCCUGAAAGUGCCAUCACUGGAAAACUGCAUUCGCAAGAAGAAUCUCGAGCCUCUGAAGCUGCACUCAAUGCUGUUGUGUGCCACACACCACUCAGUAAUUUGGGCUACUGCAGGAAAGGAAGCACUCUCACUUUCAAUGUGGCAUUCCAGAUACUGCGGGCAGGUCUAUUUGAGUUAAGUCAGCAUAUGAAGUUAAAAUUGCAGUUUACAGCCUCUGUCUCAAACCCACCUCCAGAAGCACGUCCACUUUCACGCAAGAACAGCCCUAGCAGCCCAGCGGUCAGAGACUUGAUGGAGAGACAUCAAGCAAGCUUGGGACGAUCCCAGUCAUUCAGCCACCAGCAGCCGUCACGCUCUCAUCUCAUGAGGACUGGCAGCGUAAUGGAGCGCCGAGCAAUCACCCCUCCAGUGUCGUCACCCAUUGGCCGACCGCUGUACCAUCCUCCUGAAAAGGCCGUCCUUUCCCUGGAUAAAAUUGCCAAGCGAGAGUGCAAGGUUCUGGUAGUGGAUCCUGUGAAAUAAUUACUGUAGGAGAGCCAAACAAGCCUGGGGUCAAGUCAAGAAGCUAAUGAACUGCUGCUUUUGCCAGGGGUACCUGCUUGAGGAGAUAGGGUGAAAUGGACUUGGAAGGCAAAAAGCAGUAAUUUCUUUUUAAACAAUGUUUUAACUUGUUCUGACGGCCAUAUGCUGAAUACCCAAUACUUUCCAUUUGAAUUUAGAGUAAUGCUGCAGAGCAAAGUAAUCAUGAUCACCAGAGGCUUUCUUGUGCAUUAUAGGACAGUCUAAGCCUCUCACAAAGUUGUAUUCACGUCAAGUGUUUGCACUCACUCACUGCAUCCCAGGCUUUUGCAGUAUGGUGUUGAGGAGGAUGGGGAUGGAGGCAGUGUCGGCCGUUUCAGCAGAGCUUGCAGCCCAUUCACAGUGCUUUAGAAUCUGAGGCUCCAUUUCUACUGUUACCUUAAACUAGAAGCAGGCCUUCUUGUCCCUAUCCAAGCUUCAAAUGGUGGUCAAAUUUUAAGCAUUUCAGUACAUGUUAAGCUGUGCUUCCUUGUUACUUCCACCACCUAAAAGAAAGCUGACAGACCAGCCACAAUGGCACUGGACAGAUGUAUUGGUACUGUAUUGUCCUGCAGCCCGGAACUGGGCCUCUACAAGUAUUAAAACGGCAUCAGGGUUGUGAGAGAUCUGGAGCCAAGUAGCCACAAACAAGACUGGACUUCUAGAAAUCUGUAGGUGGACACAGAGUAGCAGGGUGCAGAUUGUCUGUUGUCCUCUCCUCUCCUCGCAAAUAAGUUGUGAUGCUUUGGUGUCCAGUUUUUGCUCUCUUUGUUUUGUGUUAUGUGUUUUUUUAACAUGUUUAUUUAGUUUAUCUUGCAGUUGUCUGGUACAAACUGUAAGAAUUAAUGCACCUUGGUGACAGGCUGCCUAGUCGCUAAAGGAUUUUACUGUUUUCAUGGUUACUGAACUUGAAUAUAUCAUGUUCCAUGUUUACAUUUCAACUGUAGAUUUCUUGUAGACGUGGACAAAUGGAGGGCUUCUGCAAGCCCUCAGAAACACACAUUCUGAGACCCAUGAGCACUCCUAACACAGCCUGUUUUUUCUUCAGUUAUGUUGUUUUCUGCUCAGGUUCCUACACCAGAGUUAAUUGAGGUCUGGGGUCCGUUUGUUUAUACACGUGUGGGAUCCAAAAACUGGAAAUGUAUUUAAAGAUUAUAAAGUAGGAAGGAUUUUUGUACUGCUCAAUGCAUCAUUAAGUCAAAUCAGUUUUCUGUGACUACUGCUGACCCACAUCCUUCACUGCUGUGUACACAAUUCCGAAGCCCACAUGUUAACUCUUUAUUACCGCUUAACUCAAGAUCUUUAUUCUGAGGUCUAAUGUCUGAUUGACUCCAUCUUAUUUCUGAAGACCUCCCCUACACCUGAAGCCCAUCUUGUGACCCUGUUCCAUUUUUGCCCCAAAGCCCAGUGUGACUGCACUGAUUGUCCACUUAUAAAGCCACGUUUAUAAUGUUUUCUGUCACACACGCACACACACAUCCAGUUCUCUGUUUCUGCAUGCCCACUGACUGCGCCUGACCUCUCACUCCCCCUUCUCUCAAUUCACUGCAUCCACAUUGUUCUGCUAUCAGAAAAUCUCUGUCCCAUUUCUCAAGGCUGAUGUGUAAAUCUCCGCUCUCUUUAUAGAGUUCAGGCCCAGUAUGACUGCACUCGUUAAUCUGAAGCCGACAGACAAACCAUACUCCGUCCCAUUUCCGAGACCCCAUCUCUAAACUGUUGCCUCCCCCCUACUCUUGACGCUCAGUAUCUGACUCCAGUGUAUUCAUACUCUAAGUGCCCAGAGAGUGUGGACUUUGUAUUCUAAAAUCCACUUUGAAGGUCCUGUCAUCUUAUUGCAUCUCUUCUCUCUUAAGAGGACCAUGUCAUAAGACUCGCCUGGUUGCAAGAAUUAUGACCCCCGGUGUGAUUUCACUCUGUUCUUUAUUUUGGGACUAACCUGACACACACAGUUCCCCCCCCCCCCCCCCCCCCCCCCCCCCCCCAUUCUGGACCUCCAGUAGUGGGGUUCAUUAUCAGUCUUCAGCAGAGAUUUCAAUACUGUGCACUGCUGCGGUGUAAGUCUCUAUGUACCCUUCCUCCAAGUCCAUGUUUGGCCACAUCACUGGGUGCCAUCCUCUGCUCAGUCCGCCAUUGUAGUUUGCACUCCAGAUUCUCUAAGAGUCGAGCAUGUUCUUGUAAUAUAAAAGGUGCCAGUCUAGCUGACCUCUGCCUGAAAUACAAGGGUCCUAACUGUAGCUUUGUUUACACGAUGCUGUCAGAUGUCACCAACCUGCAUUUCCUUUACUGAGCCACAUUUCUUUUACAUUAUUAAGUCAUUUCCUUUACUGAGCCACAUUUCUUUUACAUUAUUAAGUCUGUCGUGUUUUUCAGUUCAUGUCUGAUUUUAUUUUGCUCUACUGUAAAAGUUGGUGGACCAGGCAGCUGUUUUAGGGCCAAUUUACUUACUUACACAUUUACAUAGGAAAAAUGCUGCCAUUUACAAAAAAGUUUUUCAUUUUGUGAAUUUAUUUUUUAAUUUUUGGAAUUUAUUUUAAUUUUUUGUCUUUUAAGCACUUUAUUUGAGUUUUAAUUUAUUUAAUACUGUGAUAUUUUAAAAGUUAUUUUAAAGUCUUAACUGCUGUGUAGCUUUUGUCAGAUGCACUGGAUGCCCUCACAGUGACUGGAUAUGCAUGAAUCAUGGGAAAUUCAGCAUUUCUCCUGCUAAUUGGUUUACUCGAGGAAUGGUUUAAUAAACCUGAUGAGGAAAGAGAA